GGGCAGUUCCGCCAGCGAGGAUCACGAAUCUCACCCAUUUCACUAAAUCUAUGCAAACAGAAUAAUAGAAGAUGGGGACCCGAAAGCCACCGGUAGUCAAUAAGUCUUCGACAUUGCUGAGUCGAGAGGAAAACGAGAUCAUGUUUAGAAUGCUUGGGCCACGAUGCCAGACACUAAGCACAGCUGUGGUGCAGGUGUUUGGCACAGAUGGUCCUCACCACAACGCUUGGCGGAAGAGGUAUUGUGGUGUGGCAACGUUUACUAAGGACAAUGCAAGAAAAUCGUAUUAUAUUCAGGUUUAUGACACAGUGGCAGGAGUGAGGCUGUAUGAGCAAGAGCUGUACAACCAGUUUACUUACUCUGCUAUGAUGCCUUUCUUUCAUCAGUUCGAAGCUGAGGACCAGAUGAUAGGAUUAAACUUUGCUGAUGAAGGUGAAGCAAAUGCAUUCAGUCGAGCUAUCAAUGAACGGCUUGCUGUAAAACAACGCAGGAGAGAGGAGAGGAGAAGACAAAGUGAUCAGCAGCAGAGGCAGUCACUGCACCAGCAGCCCACGAUCCCUGCUCAGCCACAACAAAUCCCGGUGCAUGCCCCUCCAGCCUUACCACCCAAAGAUGACAACAAGAAAAGGAGUGGCAAGAAGGCCAACAAGAAUAAGAACAAGAUUAGCAAAGAGCAGAUUGGAAUGCCAACGGACUUUAAGCACAUCACCCAUGUUGGUUUUGAUCCUGAUAAAGGAUUUUCACAGUUCAAUAUGGAUGAAAAGCUUCAGGGCUUCUUUAAUAUGGUUGGUGUGAGCCAGCAGCACUUAUCAGACACACGCACUCGAGAAUUCAUUUACGACUUCAUUGAACGUCAUGGAGGUGUUGAAAAAGCUAUGCAAGAGACUCAGCGCUACUCAACCUCUCCGAAUCCCCCAGCUGCCCCUGAAGUGUCACAUAUGCCACCUCCCCCUGCCAACACUUUAUCUCCUCCCACGCCACCACCCAGUAUCCCCUCACGCAAUUCCUUCAGUGGGUCUCGAGCUGCACCUCCUCCUCCUCCUCCACGCACAAACAACCAUGCUCCACCUCCUCCUCCUCCAGUCUCUGCUCCACCCCCACCACCUCCACAUUCUCGGGGUCACAUGCCUCCGCCUCCUGGCCAAAUCAUUGCAGAUGAAGAGAAGGCAGAGCAAGUGGUAGCUGAUGGUAAGACUGAUUGAUAUAUUCCCCUGAAU